AUGGCACCAAGGAAGGCCAAGGCGGCAGCGGCCAAGAAGAUAGGCAGAGCAGCACAACUGAAGGAUGCAUCCAUGUCUACUCUUUCACAGACAGAAAACACCGAAGAGGCCAGCAUCUUCUCAAAGAACACGGAAGGUGAAGAAGAUUUUACCCGAAGUACACAGUACAGCGUUGUGGAUGAAGAUGAUGACUCCUAUUCACGGACUGAGAAGCCCAACAAAGGCAAGCAAGCCGCUGCGGCUACAAAAGCUGCCCCUGCGAAGAACGCUGCCGCAACAAAGAAAGCCACUCCCACUAAGGCAGCUGCUCCGGCUAAGAAGGCUACCCCGGCCAAGAAAGCUGCUCCAGCCAAGAAAGCGACCCCAGUCAAGAAAGCGACCCCAGUCAAGAAAGCGACUCCAGCCAAGAGGGCGACUCCAGCUAAGAAGGCUGUCCCAGCUCAGGCAGCAAAGGGCAAAGGCAAGGCGACGGCCAAGAAGAACGUACAAUUUACAGACCAAGACACCACUUAUGAGGACGAUGACGCAGACAAUGAAGCCGAAGACGACGAUGUGGAAGGGCUCGACAGGGACCAUGCUCCCAGUGUGUAUGGGAAUGCACCUGUCAUGGAUCCGGCUCUCAAAUUGAAGAAGCUACAAGAGGCUCGCAUGGUGCUCAAACCCGCGAUUGACUACAAGAGUCUUACUCUAAGAAUGGAACAAAAUAUCCACAAGGCCAAGAAACUCCACAAGCAGCUCCGAAAGAAGCCCAACUCCAAGAUCCCCAGAGGCGCCGGGCUCGAGAUCCUCGAGAUCCACGCGUGGCUUGCACUCAUGGAGGAACAAGCGCUGCGCGGCAAGCAGUACAACAGCGAGCGAGAUCCCAAGGAACUCCCCUCGCUCCCCGAAAUCGUACCAGACACUGAUAUCACUGUCAACACUGCUCUUGUAGGGCCUGACAACACUGCUCUUCUUGCGCCCGCAUACAACCUGCGCAAGCGCAAGGCAGACGGCAAGGUGCUGGUGCGCAAGUCCAAGAAGCGCAAGCCGGACCCUUCCUCCGGGACCGUAGGGGUCAAGUGCACGCACUGCGCAGCGUCGUCGCCAGGCUUGAUCUGCGACAUUCUCUGCACCGAGUUCUCUAGGUGGGCUGUUGAGUGCACACCGUGCAAUAGGCUGCGCGCCACAGACCCUGAACAUCGUUGCACAAUUUCCGGCAAGUUGGUAUACAAGAAGUAUCUCGAAAGUGAUCCCGUGGCGUUCCCCAACAAUGCGUGCAUCAGGUGCACGGGGACGCCGCUCGCAGUCUUCUGCGACUAUGAUCCGUAUCUCGGCAUCCAGUGCAGCUCGUGUAGGGGGUCGAGCCACUGCGCGAUACUGGAAGAGGGAGAAACUGAGCCUACACGUCUUAUCAAGAGACCGUGGCCGUUCACCAAGGCCAUGUUGCCGUUUUCCCGGCGCGCGUGCGAUACAUGUCGCCGCAUGACGGUAAAGGCGCAGGAACCAUCUAGUACGCGCUGCUCGUGGCUGGAUGAUCGUCGAGUCUGGGGCAGGGCGUGUACGCGAUGCGUCUCCGAGUCCUAUACCUGUCUGGGGGAAGAGUGGGUGAUUCAGCACCCGCCGUCCGUCAGGCCUCCGGCAGACUGGCGCCCUCGGGUAGCAGGAGGCACGGGAUGGGUACACGUGUCGACGUCGGGACACUGGCGAAGACCCUGUACAUCGUGUAGGCGCGAUGAAGUCAAGUGCGCUGUCAACCUGCGCAGGCAUGAAGUGGCGUGUGCGAGAUGUGCCACAUACGGCAUCGACUGUAUCGACUAUGUGACCAACAAGCUGUAUCAUGUCUGGUCGCUCGCCGAGGUCGGGUAUCUCGAUCACGGGUCUCGGCCAUACGAGGCCUGUGCCGAAUGCAUCCAGAACAGAAGAAACUGUGACCGCCAGCGGCCCUGCGAUUCGUGCAUGCUGGCCGACACACCAGGCCGCUGCGACCCGUAUCCCGAAUACACCCAAGACGAUAUCGUCUCGCGCAGGUUAAACAUUAUCCGUGGGCGCAUGGAUCCGGCCCCAGGCCCGCUCUACUAUCUCGCUCUUGGCUAUGGGCCAGACGGCGUCAAUGACAUCAAGUUCGGCCAUGAUGUCACAGACUGGAUCGGACCGCCAGGGCCACUCUGGCAUACCCAUCUCUGGUUGCCUGCCUUGGAUGGGGAGCCGGACUGGGAUCCGACACUAUUGCGGGAGAGGUUCCAUCCCCAAGGUAUCCCGCCAUUUAGCUCUGAGGGUGGUUGGCUGCCUACUAGCCGACCAUCCCUUACGACGGUGCUCCAGUUGCAAACAGCCCUUCGAAUGACUAUGCCAACAUUGGUACCCCCUGCGACAUACACCAGCUGGGCCAUGCAGGAGGACGAGCUGCAACGACUGCGCCAGACCUUUAAUGAGCGCGCCAGUACGGUCGAAAGGCCGUAUACUGACCACACGCACUGGGACAACGGCCACACGUACAUUCGCGGCAACGGCCGCAAUGAAAAGAUGCGCAAUCCCUUUGUCGUGCCACGUCACUUGCCUGGCACGCCGCCGGUCGAAACGCUGGACAUGGAAGGCGAGGUUCGCCUGCUGUAUGAAGUGGCAUGGCAACAGCGGAACCUGGAGCGGCCCAACAUAGUCAACCAAGCAGUCUUAAUCCAACCCCGGCUGGAGCCUCUACGGGUGACUAUGAUUCCAGCGGAGGUGGAAGAUGAGGAGCUGGACAACUUGCACGGAAUAGAUGCCGAGUGGGACCCCUCCGACGAAGAUGUUCCUCUGGAUGAGCCCGAGGAAUUCGCCUUGGGGUUCGCUUUGGGGCCACUGGCUGUGGAGGCACAGGUUGUGGCGGCAGACAACGCGGCAGCAGCCAAUGGGGCAGCAAAUAACCAGGCAGCAAAAGGUGCGGCAAGAGACGGUGCGGCGGCAAGAGACAGCGCGGCACCAGCAAACAACGCGGAGGAAGGUGACCGGACCCGACCAACAACACUUGCAGAGAUUACCCGGUCCCAGGGACUGAUGGUGCCAUGGUACGAAGCCACACAUGCACGCUUUGUUCUCGAAUAUCCAAACGGCGAGCCGUGGACGGAGAUGAUCAUGGAUCCGGCGGUAUACUCAUGGGCAUUGGAACAAAGGCACGGCCCGUGGAGACCUUGGAUGACCUUCAACAGGGUACUGCUGCCAAGAUGCCCGUCGGUCGACGCACUGGACCACAUGCCGUGCCGGGCCAAGGCGAUUACCACCGGAGUCCGCAUGACAGACCUGUGCAUUGACCAAGGCUGCGGCCGCCCAAUACCUGGCACGCAUAUCUGUGAGCAUAAUGGCCAUAAGGCGCCUGUAUGCAACGAGUGUGCCAUGCGGAGCAAGAAGCUCUUGUUCCUCGAAACGAACAACGGUCUCAACACGAGCGACUUUAUCAACAUGAGGGCAUACUUGUGCGUGGGCUGCCAUGAGACGUUGCGUCAUAACCCGGCUCGCAUUGUCAACAUGCGGAUCAUGGGCGUCAACACCGUGUUUGGCCAGUUUGUCGAUCAGGCCGUCGUAAACUGUCGCCUGCCGCUGCCCGAUGGGUCCAAUAUAUCCUUCCGCAAGGACAUCCUGCCUCUCACCGGCUGCGCGUGCGGUACCAAACUGUUUGCUCACCGCCAGUGCAAAGAGCAUCGCAUCCGCAAUGCAGAGACCACGUUCCGCCAGGCCUACUUGAUGAGAGACUGGAUCAUCGCCCAAUACGGGAGCAUGGUGUGUCCUGCCUGUAUCGCUUUCAAGCCCAUAGAACAAGUGGCGCGGCCGACAGAGAACCUAGAUGCAUUAGGCAGGUUCCCGUCGUGGGUGUGCCUAGCCUGUACUUCGUGGGUCAUCAACGCAGAAAUCAACACCGUGGAGGGCGAUGCUGUCAAUGGCUGGCGCGACUGGUUUGAAUCCGAUAAUGCCGCCGAAGUUGUCUUUGACAGUAGUGAUGAGUCUGGGACGACCGAUGACUCCAUGAGGAUUAAUCCAGACGAUGAGGAUGCUGAAGGCGAACUUGUUGAAGGCGAGCCUCAAGUCCAGCCUCAAGGUGAACCGAUGGAUGAAACGUAAGAUUUCGACUGAGACGAGUGCAAUUGCCAAACGGUUCCCAUGUUAGUCUUUUUCAAGUAUAAAUAUAAU